AUGAUUCAUAUUCAACGUUUAAUCUUGACUAUUGAAACUCGAGCUCAUAAAGGACUUCUUCGUAUUGCAAUAAAUGGACUUAAAGAUGAUGAUGGGAAGCCAGUAACUGAAGGACAGAGAAUUGGCAGUCAACAUAAAGCUUUGGACACUUUGAUUUGGAUCUUAGAGGAAUGGAAGUCUAAUGUGCACUCUUCUGAGCUUCAAAAGCUUACACGAAACGCUAUCGAUCUCUUCUCUGAUUUGUUGUUAGACUCAAUUCCUUCUAUUUUACAAAGUGCUUAUGUCAAUUCGUCUUCACGAACAAUUUCUCAUAAAUGGACUAUUCUUUUGUGUGACUUUAUUCAAAUAAUUCAGUGGCCACCGACUGGACUUUCUUUAAACAAAGCUUUUCAAUUCAUGAACACUUUAUUUGUUGGAUUAACUAAAUUAUUGGAGGAAUUAUUUAAAGUUCAGCGUGCCAGUUCUCUGCAUUGGCUUUUUGUUCUAAUUGGUUGUGUUGUUGAGUUGGCAGAUUCUGCAGAUAAAUUUAUGCUAAAAUGCGUUGAAGUGUUGACACUUAUUGGUCGAUGUUGGUCUAAACAAUGGACAAAUAGUUUACACAGCAAAUUAUCGAGAGAAUAUGGACUUUCUGGAUUUAUUUUUGAUGAGACAAUGUUCGAUUUUCCUGUAAAAGUUCUUUCGUCUGUUUCUGGAGUUCUUCAACCUCCUUCUACAGCACAAUUAGAUCAACAACAAUCGAAUUUGAAGAAGGGAUGUCUCAGCAAACAAAAAGCUUCCAAAAAUGCAACUUCGUUUACUACUUCCCAACAGCCAAAACUUGUUUGGGCUACUGCGAAACCAUCAUUUGAUGAAAUUUAUACUGAAGACAAGCAACAGAAUUCGCCUUGGUUUGCUGCUCCGGGUAUUUUAUCUAUCUUUUUAUCAAAAUUUGUUUUUUCAGGUUCUCCUUAUAUUCCUCCUCCAAGUUUUACUAGUGGAAAUUUUUCGAUAGAUCAAGGUUAUUUUAUUUUAAUUUUUUAUUAUUUAUUUUUAGAUCUUUGGAAAACAACUCCCUCAACAAACACUUUCCAGCAAUGGACAAAUUCCUCAAUUUAUGAUUUUGGCAAUUCUAAUUUGAUUAGUGAUUUAAUUGAGGAUUCGAAAUUUGCAAUUGAACAGACAAAAUUAGCUCUUGAACAGUCUAAACUUUGUCGUCAAAUGGUCGAAAAUCAAACGUCAUCAGCUGCCAAUACAUCGAGAAUUUAUUCAGAAAAUAACAAGUUUCCUCCGACUUUUUGCUCAACAGCUUCGAUUCUUUCCGACUAUGCAAUUGAUGAAAUGGAUUGUAUGGAUAUGUUUUUUAUUGACGACAGUACAGAUUGUAAUCUUCGAUUUUAUGGUGAUAUGAUUAAUAAUGAAAAUGGUCAAGGCUCUAAUAAUGCCAAAAAUCCUCACAAAAAUAUUUUUCCAAGUGUCGGAUUAUCUUCUGAAUGGCCUAAAAAUCUGUCAGGAAAUAUGCCUCCAUCAACUUAUGGAGAUCUUAGCGGUUAUCAAACUGCUUGGAAGGAUACAAACGACACAAACAAAAAUGGAAAUCCUUCCACUAGUUCAUCUCUUCAUCGCCAUCAUUUAUUAAUGAAUCACUUGACAGGAUUGUUGGAAACGGAGCCUUUAAUUUUUUCUUGUGUUUAUGGUACAGACCACAUUCGAGUUCUGAAUGAACAGGAAAAUGAGAAUUUUGAUCUUCCUACUACGUUUUCUUCUGAUUUGAACAAGAAGGGUGAAACUUGUGAUGAUGGAAGAGAACAAAUGGAUAAAGUUGCUGAUAUUUAUUCACUCAAACACCAACUUCAAUAUCAGCAACAUCGUCUAAAGAAUCGCCAACAACAAAAAUUUUCUACAAAUUCUGUAAACGAUAAUAAUUCUAAUAAUGCUUUAAUGGAUAUAUUUGCUGCUGCUUCAGUAACAGAAAAUUCAACUUUAGACAAUAAGAAGGAAAAUGAAUCGAAUAAAGAAUUGGAUACUGCAAAUGAAGUUGUAGAUGUUAUAAAUACUCAAUCGGAAGUUAAUGUUAAUUCACAAUUGCUUUCUGGUGAAAAUACUCCAGCAACUCUUGGACUUUCCUCUGCGAGUACAUUUGGAGUUCCAACUACUCCAAAAACUACACCUUUCCAAUUGACACCAACUCCACUUUCGCCAAUUGGUGGUAGUGAAGCUGAUUUGGAAGAAUUGGUAAUGUUGACUGGUGAAAGUGAUAUUAAUCAGCAAAAAUCUGAGUCUCUUCCAAUACAAAACGGAUCUGUCACUCAAACACUUAAACAAUUAAAUCGGAAAUUUUCUCCACAUUCUUCCUUCUUUACACAACUUCCACGUAUUUCUUUAUGUAUUGAUAGAAUGACAGCAGGAGCUCAAAAAUUUAUUGUUUUGGAUUUCGGAUAUAGAGUUAUGUUGAGCGAUUUAAUUGUGCCUGCUUCAGAAUAUAUGUCUUCAUUACGUAUUGAUGCAUGGUUGAAGGAUGAAAAGACAGACAGUAUUUUUGUUGCGAGCACUUCAGAAAUUGGAGCAAAAUCUUUGACGAUCAGUGAUUUGCUUCCACCGAUUAUUUGCAGAUUUUUGAAGAUACUUGCUGAACUUAUCUUUUUGAGUGAUUCUUUAAAAGUUGCUUACGAGUGUUCGGCAAAUGCUAUUAAGGGCAUACUUCGUGAUGAUGGAAACCCAACUUUUGAACAAAUUCGGCGUCGUUCAAUUCGUCAGCAAUACAGGGAAUGCUUUGCUCUUCGUCUUGAAUAUAAUAUUGUGAAAAAUCUUAUCACACGAAUCCAAAUGGACAAUAAGGUUUUGGAUGAAAAUGAAAAGAAGGAAUUAAAGCAACAACAAUCUGGUUGGAGUAUGAUCGGUUUGGAACAGUUAGCUGUAAUGGCACAUCGUUUAAUUGCUUUAUUGAAUUUAUUCUCAGCAUUUACUGACGCGCGUAAAAUGAUUGUGCUUCCACCUACCAAUCAGCCCAUGCCGAGUGUUUCAAUUUCUCAAACUAAUUUACUUUCAUUGGACACUGCUGUUUUACAUUUUGGUCUCUUUUGUAUGGAUUCUUUGCCUAGACUUAGAGCCGAAUGUAUAUCUUGGCUUUUUCAUUAUGGUGUUUAUACAAACUGGUGGGGGAAAUUUUUUGUUGAAGUGCUAAAUCAACAUUUUGCUUCAAAAAUGUGUCAAAAGAAUUUGGAUAGUGCUUUUAUUAUCUUGUCGUAUUUGUGCAGCGAGACUGUUAAAUAUCCACGUUUCCAGACUAACAUUAUUGAGCAAUUGGUCCUCUCAGUUCUUGCUCAAUUGGGUGUUUCUUCCACUGACAAUGACAUCAAUUUCAGCAGUUUAAAACAGCCAAGAAGUGUUAAUUUUAAAAUACUUCUUUCUUGGACACUUAUGUUAAUCUCUUCUGCUUUUGAUAUUAUUAUAUCUAAAAAGCGUCAAAAUGAUCGCUGGUUAUUUUUGGGUGGAGAUUUUGGACCAGCAAAUUCUGGCGCCGCCGACCAAUUUAAUGCCACAACUUGUCCAACUCUUCAACGUGGCUAUGCUAUUAAAAAGAAAUAUGGAACUGCAAAAUUUGCGGGCCCAUCAAGCUUUGUAAACGUUCCAAAUGUCGCUCCCUCUACCAGUUCACAGUCAAAGAUGAUUACUCCUGUUAAGAAUCACUACAAGACAUUGAUUGAUAAAUUGGAGAAGAUGAAGCAGAGCGAAACGAUUUCACUUGCCAAAUUGGAAAAACUUAAAGUUCAUCUAAUGCAUAUACAAUCACUCUACUCAAACUUCAACCAGUUGAGUGCUGAAGAUAAGGAAAAAUCUGGCAAAUUUCCUGAAAAAUCUGGCAAAACUUCUAAAUCAGCGGCUAGUACCUCUGCUGUAAUUCCUGAUACAAAAUCUACAAAAACACGUCAAUAUAGUAUUCAUCUUCGAUUGUCACCACAAUUAUGUCGUCUUUUUGUUAAAAGCUUAUUGCAGCUUUUAUGUGAACAUUCGACUGAUGCAACUCAGCUUCAAAUACAAACUUUGUUGCUUGUUAUUGCAAAAAUUUGUGUGCAUGGUAGUGCUCAACCAAUUCCCGUUUCUGUUGCUUUUGAUACUCAUUUACAGCAACUUUUUACCCUUGGUAAUUUUUCUGUUUAA